CAGAGUGGUGUGAGUGAAACUUUUUUCUUCUUCUUUCUGUGUAUCCCUUUGAUCGUUUAUUAUUUGUUGUAAGUUUUGUUAGUUUAGUUUGUGGGCCGCGUGCUGUCCUUCAUCUGGAAGCAUGUCGGCCCAACAAACGCAGGGGUUGAGUUCACUCACGAGACGUCAUGCGAUUAAGGUGAGUGUAGAGGAAUGUUGUUUGGCUGUUGGAGAAGUAGUGGGACAUGCUAGUGUUUUGUCCGCUUCUAGAAUGAACAACGCAACGGUGGUUUUCCUAGACAGCGUAGACAAGGCAAAUGAGUUGGUAGAACAGGGAAUUGUAUGGGAGGCCGAAUGGGACUAAACACAUUGAAACUUGCACGUUCAUGUGAAAUACUUGUGCAUACAUAUGUGAAAUACUUGCACGUUCAUGUGAAAUACUUGCGCAUACAUGUGAAACACUUGCACGUUCAUGUGAAAUACUUGCGCAUACAUGUGAAACACUUGCACGUUCAUGUAAAAUACUUGCGCAUACAUGUGAAACACUUGCGCUGACUAACAUAUAUUUGGGCACAUAUAUAAAACACGUGCGGUUACGCAAAGUCCUUGCAUAUACCCUGUAACUGCCCAAGUACUGUUGUGCCUGCACCUGCAAACAUUCUCACGUGUGAGAGAGCAAAAACAUUUUAGUGUGUCCGGAAGUCGUUUCAUUGCAACCGGAAGCUUAGUUAAUUAGGAAAUUGAAGCGCGGUUUAUUGGAAUCUAGCAUGCAGUCAUGGCAGAUAGUAAGGCUGCUGCCGAGGCUGUAAAUAUUUUGCGAAAUCUUCUUUGUUCUCCAGUCUUGAUCAAUACGAUCGCUAAUUCCGUAGAUUCGAGUCCUUCGACCAGUCAGACUCAGAUUGAUUCAGAAAUUGGGGCAUUGUUUCGACCCACGCAUAAUGUGGACGCUAGGAACACAAACCUCACACAGCACGUGACUUUACCGAGCACACCGGGAUCAGAGAACCAGACGCCCCGUUUCAUAGCAAGACGAUACAGCAGCUGGAAACCCAACUCCAAAGGAAAGAGGCCAAAACCACCAUAUCAUAGGGUUUAUAAUAAAGAUAUAAUUCUUCUGACACACCCCAAAGAAAACAAUGUGGUCAAGCAGAGAACGAAGCAGAAGUUGUAUGAAAAGGGCCACAUAAUAAGUGCUUUUGAGUUUGAUAAAACGUGGGACUACAGAACAGUCAUGAAUAAAAUGCAUGAGGCAUUCAAAGGGAAAAUUCCAUGUGGUGUGGGUCUGGAAAUCCUCUUGCCUUGUGGCAACAAACUUGUUGCUCCUACAUUCCAUGAAGGCCAGAAGCUCGAUGGCAAUGUGAUUCAGAAGGUUUUCAAACGAGCUUCUCUUUAUCUGAGACCAUCAGAGCCUCUUCAAUCAGUGUAUGGAGAAACCUCAGAUUCUGAAGAAAACUAUGAGGAAGAGGCGGUAGAUACAGGUGGCACAGAUGAUGAGUGGCCAUCACAUUCCUCAAAGUCAAGCAAAGAAUUUGUUUCAGCAAGUGCUAAAACUUCAACAGCGGAGCUACCUGCGACAGAGUCCCAUGGCAUGGCAAUAUCCAUUUCAACACAUGUUGAACAACCAUCAACAAAUGCUCAAGCCUCUUCUAGCAGCCAACAAGAAACGCCACAAUCAAAUAGCCCCACCCCAAGGCGCUGGCAAAAUGAUUAUGGAACUUACAUUAACCUCAUAAAUGACUCAUUAGAUGAAGAUGAGGAUGAAGAAUUGUACACCGCUAUUAUUGCCAGCAUUGAGGACCAGACACGCCCCAAAGAAGAUGCCUCCCUAACUGAUAUCUUAAAAGAACUUGGUGAAAAAAUCAGAAACACAGGCAUUUGCAAAUUCAAUAUCAAUCGUGCAGCAGUGCUUGAUGGAGCUAUUCGAGGCUUUCGAAGAGUGUCAUACAACCCAAACCACACAAUGUGCAUCAAGUUCUCUGAUGACAAGGGAACAACCGAAGAGGCUGUUGAUCUUGGUGGCCCCCGACGAGAAUUUCUACGGUUACUUAUGGAAGCACUGUCUCACUCCGAAAUGUUUGAGGGACAUGAGGGACACUUGAACUUGGCCCUUGAUUCCUUUGCUGUGCGGGAUGACAGAUAUUUUUUUGCUGGUCGAUCCAUUGCUGUCAGCCUGGUUCAUGGAGGCCCACCGCCAUGUUUCCUCUCUGAAACUCUUUUCAGCUGCUUAGUUAAAGGACCAGAGAUGAGCAGACCAGUCAUUGAGGACAUUGCAGACAAUGAACUCUAUGAAAAACUGAAACGGAUUUCUGAAUCCAGAACAGUGGAGGAGCUUCAGACAUCUGCUGAGCCUUUGACAGAUUACUUGUCUCAUGCUGGCUGCCUAAGACCUCUUACAAGUUUGAUGGACAAGAAUCCGUUACUGGAGGAUGUUCUAAUGUUUCAAGUGAUUCACCGUGUCCGUGGUCCCUUUGAAAGGUUUAGAGAUGGAUUGAAAACACUUGGAGUGCUCCAGAAGAUCCAGCAACAUCCAGAAGCCUUUCAUGCUGCCCUCUGCUACACUCCGAGGAACCUUUCCGCAGACAUCAUGGAUGGGCUGUUUGAAAUCAGAUGGUCCGAGACGGGAAGCAAUAGACGAGCCAAUGAAAACCGAGUGGUCACCUAUUGGAGAGAUUACCUCCAGGAUGCUGAAGAGGAGGAAGGGCCAACAAAGCUGGAGGACAUUUUAACAUUUGCAACCGGAUCGAAUGUGGUGCCACCCAUUGGUUUUUCUCCUCAGCCCUCUCUGGAAUUCCUUCACAAUGAAGGAAAAUAUCCAGUAGCCAACACCUGCAUCAACUGCCUUCGACUCCCCAUCCACAAAAGUUACGAAGACUUCAAAAACAACAUGGACUUUGGGAUCCAAAAUACUCAGGGUUUUGGAAUGCGGUAGAGGCAUGAAGCCAUUUGUUCCUUGGUUUUGUUGAGCCAAAAGUGUACUGUUUAUACUGCAGGUAUGUGAACACUAUUUUGUGUUAUGUUGAAUUAUUCUUUACAGGUACUAUAAGAAUGCGGUUAUGUUAGAGGCACACUGCCCUGUUAAAUUUUACAUCCAAGCCUCUGAAAAGACAUGCACUUAUUUUGUAUUAUUUAGAAUUUUCAGUUUGGUAGAUUACAAGUGAAUAAUAACCUGUUAAUGAGUUAGCCUUGUUAAACAGUGUUUAUUGUUGAUCUGUGCAAUUUAGUUGUUAUUUGACUAAACACUUUAAGACAACAGCACAACUUUACAUUUGCACAACUUAAAUUUGCACUACUAUGCACUUUAACCUUUAUAAGUGAUGAUGCAAAUUUUUUGUUUUGUUAAAAUAAAUGUUACAUGUUCUGAG